AUCUCCUCUAUAAUAUACUCCCAUAAUAUCUCUGGAUAUCCCCACUAAUAUCUCUCCCUUGAUGUCUCUGAAUAUCCCCACUAACAUUACUGUGUAUUUAUUGGGGGGGGGGGUGAUUGUGCACCCUUUCCCUCUUCCUCAACCCUCUGCAGGUUAUUGGUGGCCUUGUUCUGCUAACAAAGCCCCCUCCUCAUUUCCCUUCAGCUCUCCUUUUGUCAUUUUUAGCCUCAAUAUCUCCUCAAUGCAUCCAGUUCCAUAGGUGUAGUAUAUUUUCCCCUGCUAAUAUAAGGUAACAAAGCCACCCCACCCCACCAUCCCUUCUGAGGAUUUAGAGGAAUGGGAAGAGAAGAAAUGGGGUGGGGAUAGUAGCUAUUUUUAGGGGGGGGGGGGACACACACUCCUUCCUCCCCCAGUCCUUCCAGUAUCUCCUAGUGAUUGGCAGGUGGAUAGAGUCACUGGUCCCAUUAUCAUUCCAGUCCGCUACCCCUCCAUCUUUCCUUUGGGAGACUGGUGUGACGGAGGUGUCCAUCUUCAUGAUUUCAGGUUCCUUAGAAAGAGAGCUUGGACGGCAUGCAAAGUAGUGACAUAUCUGCAGACAGCACUGAUGAUCCUCUUAGUAGUGGCCUACGGAAAAAACGACAGCCGCGAAUAGUAGUUAUUGGUGCUGGGCUUGCGGGCCUUUCUGCGACAAAAACUCUACUGGAAAACGGUUUCACGGAUGUGACUAUCCUCGAAGCAUCUGACCGAAUCGGAGGCCGAGUACAAAGCGUAAAGCUCGAAAGUGCUACUUUUGAACUGGGAGCUACGUGGAUCCAUGGUUCUCAUGGAAAUCCAGUGUAUCAUCUAGCAGAAGAUAAUGGCUUACUUGAAGAGACGACUGACGAUGAGAGGAGUGUGGGCCGUAUCAGCCUGUACUCCAAAAAUGGGGUGGCUUAUCACCUCACCAACAAUGGUCAAAGGAUUCCGAAAGAUGUGGUUGAAGAAUUCAGUGAUUUAUACAACGAGCAUAGUUCAUGGCACAUUUAUUUGAAGGUCUAUAACCUGACUCAGGAGUUCUUCCAGAGUGGUAAACCAGUCAAUGCUGAGAGCAAGAAUAGCGUGGGUGUCUUCACGCGAGAUGUCGUGCGCAAGCGCAUCAAAGCAGAUCCGGAUGACUCAGAGGCAAUCAGGAGGCUGAAGCUCGCCAUGAUCCAGCAAUACCUUAAAGUGGAAAGCUGCGAGAGCAGCUCCCAUAGCAUGGAUGAAGUCUCACUCAGUGAAUUUGGGGAGUGGACCGAGAUCCCCGGAGCCCACCACAUCAUCCCUUGUGGCUUCAUAAAAAUUGUGGAGAUCCUGUCCUGUUCCAUCCCAGAGUCGGUCAUCCAACUGAACAAGCCAGUCAAGUGCAUCCACUGGAACCAGUCCAUCAGCAAGGAGAUAGAGCGCGUGGCUGACCACAACAGCGACCACAUGGAGGAAGAUGCCGGCUACCAUGUCCUUCUGGAGUGUGAGGAUUGUGAGUUCAUUCUGGCCGACCAUGUCAUUGUAACAGUGUCCUUGGGGGUCCUGAAGAAGCAUCAUGAGCACAUGUUCUCCCCCCGGCUACCAGAAGAGAAAGUCAUGGCCAUUCAGAAGUUGGGCAUUAGCACCACUGACAAGAUCUUCCUGGAGUUUGAGGAGCCCUUCUGGAGCCCUGAGUGCAACAGCAUCCAGUUUGUCUGGGAAGAUGAAGCUGAGGCUGAGAGCCUCACCUACCCUGAGGAACUGUGGUACAAGAAGAUUUGCAGCUUUGAUGUUCUCUAUCCACCAGAGCGCUACGGCCAUGUGCUGAGUGGCUGGAUCUGUGGAGAAGAGGCCCUGAUCAUGGAGAAGUAUGACGAUGAAACUGUGGCAGAGACCUGCACUGAGAUGCUGCGUAAAUUCACAGGGAAUCCAGACAUUCCAAAACCCCGACGGAUCCUACGAUCCUCAUGGGGCAGCAAUCCUUAUUUCCGUGGGUCCUAUUCCUAUACUCAAGUUGGAUCUAGUGGAGCAGAUGUGGAGAAACUUGCAAAGCCACUGCCUUAUACUGAGAGCUCUAAGACGGCUCCUAUGCAGGUGAUGUUUUCGGGGGAAGCCACUCACAGGAAGUAUUAUUCCACUACCCAUGGUGCUUUGCUUUCUGGCCAGAGAGAGGCAGCUCACCUCGUCGAAAUGUACCAAGACCUCUUGCAAUGCAAGAACUGAGAGGUCUGAACUUUCAGAAGAACCACUAACUCGUGAUUCCUUUUUGCAGAUGUGCAUUUAAAGGAUCCUUUUCUUUUCUUUUUUAAAAGGCUAAUAAUAGAAACAUUUAUAUCUUUUUAUAAAAAAAUAAAAGUCUUAACUAUUUUAACCUGUAGUUGAUUGAUUGAUUGAUUGUAGCUUAUUUUCACGUACUGUAUUGUUCAUGGAAGAGGGUGUUUCUUCCUGUCUGGGUGAAGGCUAUUUCUUUUUGUGUAAUUUCAUUUCUGAUUGAAUUUCUGGUGCUUCUUUUGGAGGUAUUCUCCCCCUACCCCUGUCCUCCGGUAUUGUAAGUGCCUUUUAUAUUUCAAUAAAUGUUGUAAUAACCACU